AUGUCUGAGUUUAAGAUCAAGAGUGGGUUGGCCCAAAUGUUGAAAGGUGGUGUUAUCAUGGAUGUGGUGACACCCGAGCAGGCUAUUAUUGCUGAGAAAGCUGGUGCUUGUGCAGUUAUGGCUUUGGAACGUAUUCCAGCUGAUAUGCGUAAAUCUGGUCAAGUGUGUCGUAUGUCUGAUCCAAAGAUGAUCAAGGAGAUCAUGGCAGCUGUUAGUAUCCCAGUGAUGGCUAAAGUCCGUAUUGGUCAUUUUGUGGAAGCUCAGAUCCUUGAGGCUCUUGAAGUUGAUUACAUUGAUGAAAGUGAAGUUUUAACUCCAGCCGACUGGACAAACCACAUCAAGAAGCAUGACUUUAAAGUUCCAUACGUUUGUGGUGCCAAGGAUCUAGGUGAAGCUCUAAGAAGAAUUAACGAAGGUGCCGCUAUGAUCCGUACCAAGGGUGAAGCUGGUACUGGUGACGUUUCUGAGGCUGUGCAGCACAUCAAUAAGAUCAGAGGUGAGAUUGCAUUGUACAAGGAGACUUUGAAGACUGAUGAAGAACUAGCUGAAAAGGCAAAGGAACUAAGAGUCCCUAAGGAACUAUUGAAAGAAGUUCUAGACCUAGGUAAGCUACCAGUGGUGAACUUUGCCGCCGGUGGUGUUGCUACCCCAGCUGACGCUGCUUUGUUAAUGCAAUUGGGCUGUGAAGGUGUCUUCGUUGGUUCUGGUAUCUUCAAAUCUUCUAAUCCAGAAAGAUUGGCUCGUGCCAUCGUCGAAGCUACUACUCAUUACCAGGACCCAAAGAAACUUUUGGAAGUAUCCAGCGAUCUAGGUGAGAUGAUGGGCGGUGUAGCUGUCGAGUCUAUCAAGCAAACCGACAAGAGACUAGCUGAAAUUGGUUGGUAA